GCGCGUCUUUUUUCAUCACCACAACUGACGAUUACCAUCGAGUUUUAUCAGUUUUCAUCACUUUCUUCAUCGAUUUUUAUCGAUUUUUUUCAUCAGAGUCGAUUUUUAUAUCUUCAUAUUCAAUAUGACUGGACGCGGGAAAGGUGGCAAGGGCCUCGGCAAAGGCGGCGCAAAGCGUCACCGAAAGAUUCUUCGUGACAAUAUUCAAGGUAUCACGAAACCUGCCAUUCGUCGUCUCGCGCGCCGUGGUGGUGUCAAGCGUAUUUCUGCAAUGAUAUACGAGGAAACUCGCGGCGUUCUCAAAUCGUUCCUUGAAUCCGUCAUUCGUGAUGCCGUCACCUAUACCGAACAUGCCAAGAGGAAGACUGUCACCUCGCUGGAUGUCGUCUAUGCCUUGAAGCGUCAGGGCCGUACCCUUUACGGCUUCGGUGGUUAAAUUAGCGUCGGCUGUAUGCCAUUGUCUUUAUGGUCGGAUACUAUUAUGACCGGGUAGUUUGUUGGAGUGUUUGAUUUCUUUCUGCUUUGUUACUUUCGGGUUAUGGUUAGGUUCGGGUUUGGUUGGGAUGGUUUACUGCUUGCUCUUACACUCCAUUACAAUAAAGUCUGCUCUAUGCUACUAUCCUUUAUUCCUUUGUAAUUCAGGAGUUCUUCGUACGUGUAUUCAAGUUGAUGCUCGUAUUAAGUAUUAUUCUAAUCAUAAUCCAUAGCUAAGUAUAACAAAUGAAAUGUAUCGCCAGACUCCGUAGCCUUUUAUCCACCUAUUUUGCAUGUUGAGCGGUGUAUCGAUUCGAGUUUUCCGAAGGGUAUAUGAAUGAAUGUCUGAAAGGAAUGUCUUGUCUUGUCGUAUCGUCGUAAUCAUUUUUUGUUGUUUCCAUUCUCGGUUCGCUUCCUCCCUUGAAUCAUAAUGUGCUUGAUAGCAAGUCGAUGUAUGCACUCAUUUCAAAGAGAGCACAAUAUUCGCAGCCCGGAACAUACUAAGUCUCUUCUUCUGCUUCUUCUCCGCAGCAGAAGGAGAAGAAACCUUCUUCUCAGACGAAGAGAUGGAGUAAGUCUCGUCGUCAACAGAGACACGCGCAGAGGAGACUGCGCUGGUAGAACGCGAUUUUUGUGAUGCGGCGUAUCGUUGAGCAAGUUGGAGUUGAGGGUCAGAGCCGUCGAAUUCGGCGCGAGUGAUUUUGGGGACGUCGAGGCCGAACAUUUUGAUUCGUUUUAUGUAGAAGGUUUGAUGUAGAGUUGGUCUGUUUGAGGGAUGGUUGAGAUGGAGAUGAGAGGAUGAUUGAGCUUGAUUUAAUUGCUUGCUUGAUGUCUUGACUGAUGUGUUUGAUGAUGAUGAGAAUCAAAUUCAACAGGAAUCACUCCUCCUUAUAUACUUCUUUUUC